AUGGACCUUGGCAGACAUUUGAGGAAUCAAUCCCUCGUAUUGUAUGCACAAGAUUCAUCUGGAAGAAGGAAUGGCAGGAUCGGUAGAAAGGCAACGUCGCUUGAACCCGGCUGUGAGGGAGGUCGUAAAGAAGGUCUUGAAGAGUGUGUGACAACAAAUCUUGUUCUGAACUGGGAAAAAUGCCACUUUAUGGUGGAUGAAGGAAUAGUUCUGAGUCACAAAAUCUCUAAGGUCGGAUUGGAAGUCGAUCAGGCAAAGAUCGACGCAAUUUCCAAGCUAUCCCCACAAGUGAACGUGAAAACACUUAGGAGCCUUCUGGGACACGCUGAAUUUUAUAGAAGGUUUAUUCGCAACUUCUCCCAAAUCACAAGGCCCCUAAGUGCGCUCCUUGAAGCUGACCGAGAAUAUAACUUUGAUGACGUGGGCACCAAAGCAUUUAACACAUUAAAAGAUGCGCUCAUCACUGCACCCAUCUUGGUUGCGACGGAUUGGAUGUAA